AUGCGAGUAACUCUUUUGAUACGUACAUGCCAUCUGAGGAGGAAGGGUCCUGGUACGGAUUCAUGCACGGAUAUAUGCCGGAAUCAGCCAGCGACUCGAAUAGUGGAAAUUAUUGGCAUUAUGGACCUUGGGAAGUGCCAAUGCAACCAUACUACUCUUCUUCAGAAAGUACCGAAGCACCAAACGGACACGAGUAUCACAACUCGUCAUCAGGACAACCACCAAAUGACAUCCCUAACGGUCAUCAACAACCACCUCCACCACCCGGUUAACAACCAAAUGGGUCAAACAAUUCUCAAGGAAGCCGAUCCUGGACAACCAAGUCCAAACGAGCAACAAUCUCUUGAUCCAACACUUACAAUGGUCCACAACCUCUUGUCUCAAGUUUUACAUCAGGGAGCAAGCAAUGGAACGCCUCCUCCCCCGGACUUUCUCAAAUACGUGAUGAUGAUGAAGACUUUGGGAACUUAUCGAUUUGAAGGAAACCACGAUCCAGACGAAGCCGACGCAUGGAUGCAAUGCUUGGAUAAGAAUUUUGCAGUGACAAGAUGUCCAACCAAAUUCAAGAAGGAUGUAGCAGUCUACUACUUAGAGAAGGAAGCACUAGGAUGGUGGAACAGUGUUGAUAGACAGACCAACCAUACUAUCAUCACAUGGGAAGCUUUCCAGAGAGAAAUCAGAAGGAAAUACUUUCCUUUAGAAGCAAGAGAUCGCAUGGAGCAAGCUUUCGUCACCCUAACUCAAGGAAAUAAGAGUGUACGAGAGUAUGAAGCAGAAUUUAUACGGCUACAGAAGUAUGUCAUCUAUGGAAACGGCGACGAUGGAGUCAUGGUCAGAAAAUUCUUACAAGGCCUAUCACCGGAGACCGGCGGAAGACUUCAAGCGGUAACCUAUACGCACCUCUACGAUUUAAUUGAGAAGGCGGUCAAUGUGGAGAGCUUUAUAAAGAGAGAGAAAGCAAUAGCAAAUCGAAACAAGGACAACCCGAACCGAGGAGAAAGCUCAAACUCAAAGAACAUCACAACUGCAAAGAAGACCUACCCAUCCAACCAGGGAGAAAGACCAAGAAUGGAGAAUAUGAGCAGAGGAGAUGGAGCAUGCUUUGUUUGUGGAAGUAAAGGACACUUUGCAAGAUCUUGUCCGGAGAAAAGAGAAAAUGGAAUGGCUGUAACUACUCAAUACCAACCAACGUGCUAUUAUUGCGGAGUCAAGGGACAUUUCUCGAACAACUGUCCCGUCAAAACAAGCAAGACGCAUAGACCAGCGGAUAGACAGCCGGCAAUGACCCGAUCAGCGAAUGAAGCCCCAAACAAGCGCCGAGCCCCUGCAGAGUGUGUUUACGCUAUGGGCGCUGAGAUUGGUGAAAACCGAGACCAAUCUGGCGGUCCCAUUACAGGUUUACAUACGUACUAA